CUAUGUAGGAGGAAGCGUGCGCCUUCUGCGGCUUGCUUGUGGUACCUGUGGUAUUCUACUUUAGAAGCUAGCGGGCUAUAAUUAUUUUCAGUGAUCUAAAGAAAACACGUUUUUAAAAGUGGGAUUAUCUAUCAGUGGUGAUAACUUGUUCUUGCAUUAGAAUAAAAUUCCAAGCGCGGCUGCUCUUUACCCACACAUUAUCAUCAAGAAGCACGCUUGAAUUGCCUGCGAGAAGAUGGCAGACCUCCAAGACGUUGAGAUGAACGGUGCUGGCCAAGAAACAGUCGAAAAUGGGAACAAUCAGCCUCCAUCGGAUCAAACGGCGAAUUCAACCAGUGAGCCAUCCGCUGCAAAUGGUGGCAGUUCCGAAAACAGCAGUAAUAGUCAUACUGUGCGCGAUGACGACAGAAAAUUAUUCGUUGGUGGACUUAGUUGGGAAACAUCUGACAAGGAAUUGAAGGAACACUUCAGCGCAUACGGUGAAAUUGAAACCAUCAACGUGAAGACGGAUCCAAACACAGGACGGUCACGUGGUUUCGCCUUCAUCGUCUACAAAAAUGCUGACUCGAUCGAGAAAGUCGUUUCGGCAGGCGAUCAUGUUAUUAAUAACAAGAAGGUCGAUCCAAAGAAGGCGAAAGCCCGCUAUGGCAAAAUUUUUGUCGGCGGUCUCACAACGGAAAUCAGUGACGAAGAAAUUAAGAUUUUCUUCGGGCAGUUCGGAAAUAUCGUCGAAGUUGAAAUGCCUUUUGACAAGCAGAAGAACCAACGAAAAGGUUUCUGUUUCAUAACAUUCGACUCGGAGCAGGUGGUGAAUGAGCUGCUGAAAACACCUAAACAGACCAUCUCUGGCAAGGAAGUGGAUGUCAAAAAGGCAACACCCAAGCCGGACAACAUGGGCCCGAUGGGUCCCAUGGGUGGUCGUGGCGGUAUGCGUGGUCCUCCUCCACGAGGAAUGCGAGGUGGUCGUGGUGGCCCCGGAGGUCCAAAAGGUGGUUACGGUCAAGGCUGGGGCGGACAAGGUUACGGAGGCUACGGUUACGGUCAAGGAUAUGGCGGUGGAUAUGGUGAUUAUAGUUGCGAUUAUUUCGGCGGGUGCUUUGGAGGAGGAGGCUACACUGGUGCAUACGAUUUUGCCGCAUACGGUUACGGAUAUGAUGGUAAUGACUACGGUUAUGGAGGUUACGAUGGAGGUUACAUGAACGGAGGUCGACCAGGCGGUCCACGAGGAGGAGGGGGCAAAGGUGGCGCUGGUGGUUACGGAGGUGGAAAACAACGAGGCGGCGGAGGUGGUGGCCGCCAACCGCGUCAUACGCCCUAUUAAUAAUUUUACGUAAAUUUAACUUCAUUUAUAGAAAUAACCAACGUAAAAAAUCAUGAGUUCAGUUUAAUUUUACAACAGACAGACUAUCCUAAAGGGAAGUGCCGCAAACGCGCCAGGAACAAGAAGAUCCCGGUUUAUUGUAUAGGCAUAUGUUUCAGUUCCAGAACUGGAGGAUAUUGCCAAUCGCUUGGAGUGGAUGGAGCUAAACUUCUGAUUUUGGAGCACAUGAGCUCCGUUUAUACGGGAGUAUUAUCGUACCAUUUGUCAUCUCAAUUAGUAGAUCACGCCUGACGGCAUGUGACGCAAUGCAAUGAUAGAUCGACAUUACUUUAUCAAGAGAGAAACAAUAAUUGUAUUUGCAUAUUGCGUACAUUUUGGUAUGCGAUGUAGGGUGAGGUUUAGUAUAGCCAUAACUAAUCGCACCAAUUUAUCUUUUGGCCUUUUCCUUCCAUCCUCUCCAAAGUCCAAAGCUGGCUAUAAAGGAGGGUAUCCUUCACAGUUUGGGAUUCAAUAGGAUCCUACGCCUUAGUAUUAAGGUUACUGAAUAAGUGUGACGUUAGGCGAUAUUAGAACUUGUGUUUGCAGCAACUGUACAUCAGACAGAACUAGUACAGAUAUGUAAAAGGAAAAUCAUAUUUAGUGAGAGAAUCACAGGAGUUGAAGGGAGGAUUGAUGGAACGAAGGAAGAAAGGAACUUAAGGAAGUAUAGAACAAAACCGAGAAAAAAUGAAUGAAAAGAAAUAAAAACAAAUUAGGGCACAGUUCCCUUCAGCAUUAUUUUGCUGAAGUAGUUUAAGAAGGUUCUCUUCAGCAUUAUGUUACUAAAGCGUAGUUAAAGAAGUAACAAACAGCGCCCCUUCUCUUGAGACAUCCUUCAUCCCUCUUUUUAACUAUUCCAAAUGAACGAAAUGAAUGAAAUGAACGAAAUGAACAAAUGUUUCAAUUGUAAAUUAAAACGUUAA